AUGCUUCCUACUAACGAUGAUCUCUCCAAUGAGGUCAUGUUCGAAGAUGACAACACAAAAGUUGGUUCUAUUCUGAUGUCUAAUUCUUUCAACAUACUAAUUCCUAAUGCUUUCAACAUACUACAGAAGCCAUCCUCCUCGAAACCGUUUUAUGAUUUCGGUCUCUCCUCCUCCUCCUCGGAAUCCAAAAGAGAAGAAGAUAUUGAAUCCAACAAGCAUUCUUCUCUCAAAGUUACCUUGGAAAGCGAUGAAAGUAAUGAGGCUCAAGCUAAUCCAGUAGACAACUCCAUGCCUUCCAAACCGCAUAAUGAUGCCAACAAUGAUGAUCAAAAAACAUAUGAGAGUUCUACCUCAGACAUAGGAUCUUCAACUGAAAAUAUUGAAGAUCCUUUUGCCUUGUUAGAACUCCGAGCCAAUGUUGCCUUAGCUAUAUUCAAAGUUGAUUCCCUUGACCAGAAAGUCAUAGGCCUUGAUUUGAAGCUUGAUUAA